AUGUCAGGCCUAGACGUAGAGGCGUUGCUGGACGCCACAGCAAACAAGGCAAACGAAAAGCAACCCAGCCAGGAUGUCGAGGAUGAACCCAAGGAUCGAUCAGAACGGAAAGAACGCGACCGAGAACGCGACCGCGGUCGUGACCGAGACCGAGACCGAGACCGAGACCGUGAUAAGGAUCAAGAUCGUCGCCGCCGUGACCGUCGAGACAGCCCGGCACGCAGCCACCGCGGCACACCCGAUGAUCACAAGACGUCAACCCCUCGAAGUGAGGCUGGGAGUCACAAGAGUAGGCGGAGAAGCAGAAGCCGAGAUGAUGACCGCCGUCACUCACGCCGUCACAGAGAUGGCGACUACUACCGUGGUGGCGGCCGAGGCCGUACCCGCUCCCGAUCUCGCUCGCGAACCCGAUCCCGCUCCCGAUCACGAUCACGUUCUCGUUCGCCCCGACGUGCCCAUCGGUCGCGCGAUGGCCGGGGUUACCGAGAUCGCCGUGACCGUGACCGCCACGAUCGGCACCCUAGAGACCAUCGCCGCGGGAGAGAUGAUGGCCGGAAAACACCAUCCAAGCGUGAGGGAACUCCACAACUUACUGAAGAUGAACGAGAUCGCCGCACUAUCUUUGUUCAGCAGCUCGCCGCCCGCCUUCGAACUCGCGAGCUAAAGGAGUUCUUCGAGAAAGUGGGACCCGUCAACGAGGCCCAAAUCGUCAAGGAUCGAAUCAGCCAGAGAUCCAAGGGAGUUGGUUAUGUUGAAUUCAAAAGCGAGGAGUCUGUUACCCAGGCACUUCAGCUCACCGGACAGAAACUGCUAGGUAUCCCGAUUAUCGUCCAGCUCACCGAGGCGGAGAAGAACCGCCAAGUACGAAACCCCGAGUCCGGCAGUCACCCCAACCAGGUUCCUUUCCACCGUCUGUACGUCGGAAAUAUUCACUUCAACGUUACCGAGCAGGACCUGCAGGCUGUUUUUGAGCCUUUCGGCGAGUUGGAGUUUGUCCAACUUCAGAAAGAUGACAACGGUCGCAGCCGCGGUUAUGGCUUUGUUCAGUACCGGGAAGCAACCCAAGCAAGGGAAGCACUGGAGAAAAUGAAUGGGUUCGACCUCGCAGGCCGCCCCAUUCGCGUAGGCCUCGGAAACGAUAAGUUCACCCCUGAGAGCACUGCCAACCUGCUACAGAGAUUUUCCGGCCGAGACCACCCGUACCAAGGUUCCGCAUUUUCCGGGGCCGGCGGCCGCGGGCCACAAGCUUCGGCAUUCGACCGUGCCGGAGGACGAGACAGCGAAAAGUCGGGCGGCGCCAGCGCUCUUGACGACACGGACGUCGCGGGCGUCAAUUUUAACAACUACAGCCGUGAUGCCCUCAUGAGGAAGCUUGCCAGGACUGACGAGACGAGCAACGGAACAGAUGAGCGACAGGUGUUGAAGCCAAAGACGGAAACCAAGCCGCUACCCGUCAAUGUCAACAUGGCCAGCCGCUGCGUUGUAUUGCACAACAUGUUUGACCCUGAAGAGGAAGAGGGCGAGGACUGGGUCAAAGAGCUCGAGGAUGACGUACGCCAGGAAGCCGAGACCAAAUAUGGCCGCGUCGUUCACAUCGCCGUCGAUCCCACCUCAAAGGGAGACAUCUAUCUCAAAUUCGACAAGGUGCAAGGCGGAGAGAACGCUAUCAAGGGGCUGAACGGUCGGUACUUUGGCGGCAGAAUGAUCGACGCGGCACCUGUUGUGGAUGCGGUCUACAGCAGUCUAUUCUCUCGCACCAGGGCGAUUUGA